UCUUAUGCGUCAAGAAGCCUUAAGAGAAGAGGCCAUAAAAAGUAUGGCUAAACGGCCUGGCUAUGGCAAAUUCGGACGACAGACUCAACUUAUUACUAAUUACUUUGAAGUUAAAAAGAUCACAAACGUAGCGCAUUUUGAAAAAUAUGAGAUUACAAUAAAAUUGCAGCCAAGGUCCGACGGUGAAGGUUCUCAUCGCCGAAAAGUUAUCAGGCAGCCGAAACAACUUCCAACAAACGUCCAACGUGCUAUAUUUCAACAAUUAGAAAAGCAAGAGCGUAACGGCUGGUUCAAAGGUGUUGGUGUCGUUUUUGAUGGGAAUACGACAAUAUAUUCUACUGGUCUCUUAAAUUUAAAUUCUGAUCCUGGGACAACAUCGGUCACUUUAAAAGAUGAUCAAGAUUUCAGGGGCAAUCCUACUGAAUUUAAAGUUGAAGUUAAAAGGAUCGAUAAAAUUGACAUAGGUGAAUUAAAAAAAUUUCUUGAAGGAAAAGAAAUGAAAUGGGAAUAUUUUGAUUUAGCUGGUCUUAGAGGACUUAAUGCUUUAAUACAUCAUAUGCCAUCAAUGAAAUAUACUCAAUUUGGUGAAUCCACGUAUUUACCUUCGACGCGUAAAUCUUUGGGUGGUGGCGUAGAAUUAUGGAUGGGUUGGUUUGAAAGCGUAAGGCCCGGACAAGAUAGCUAUUUUGUUAAUGUUAAUACUACAUAUACCGUUUUUUACGAGCCGGGGCCAUUGCAUUCUCUAAUUAUGAAAUAUCUUAAAUUAGACAAUAUUCCGGAACGAUUCAAUCAACAACAACAAGAUAAAGUUUCCGAACUUGUCCGAGGAUUGCAAUUCAAAGCUAUUCAUCGCCCUAAAGUCAGUACACGAUUCAAGAUUAAAAGACUAUGUUCCACUAAUGCGCGUGAAAACAUGGUUGAUAUUCCAGAUUCUGGAGAAAAAAUUAGUAUUUAUUCUUAUUACCAACGAAGGUAUAAGUUAAAUUUAAAAUAUUUGCAUCUCGUCGAACUUGAAGGUCGAAAGAAUGACAAGAUUCCAAUUGAAUUAUGUGACAUUAUUGAGGGUCAACGAUUUCCUGUUGCAAAGUUAUCUAGUGCUCAAAGAGGACAUAUGAUUAAGCAUACAGCAUUGCGUCCUCAAGAAAACAUGGAUAGAAUUACUGAAGGUGUUCAGAAUGUCCUACAAUUCGAAAAAGAUUUGAAAUUGAAAAGAUUUGGAAUGGCAGUCGAUGACAAAAUGGCAGUAAUUCCAGGCAUCUAUAGUUUAGAGAAUAAUAACGCACAUUCUCGCGUAUUGAAAGCUCCCAAAGUAUCAUAUCAUAUAACAUCCAAAGCGGGUGGUACCGUUAAACCUCGUGAAGGUGGAUGGAACCUUCGAGACCGAAAGUUUGUCAGAAGUGGUAAAACACUUCAAUACUGGGUGGUAGUUGCAUUUGUUCAACAACAAAAGUUAUCAAUUCCGCAAGCCAAACAAUUCGUAAAAGAACUUGUAAACACAAGUAGAAGUCAAGGAAUGGAUAUCGCUGAAGGUAAUCCAAGAGUAAAUUAUGUCAGGCCCAAUGGUGAACCACAUACCUAUCAACAUCUUGUUGUACAAGAAUAUAAUAAUGCUAGAAAUCAUCUAAAGAAUGAUCUUCAAUUAAUGUUGUUUAUUCUUCCGGACGAUGAUGAGAAACGAUAUCGAGCAAUAAAAUACACUGCAGAUACAGUUCUUGGUGUCCCUUCACAAUGUGUCCAAGUUGAUAAAGUAGGGAGGACAAACAAACAAUAUUGCGCAAACAUUGCACUAAAAAUGAAUUUAAAACUGGGAGGAAUAAAUCAAUCACUUGAAGAUGCCGAAAUACCUCUCUUCGCAAAAGAACCAGUAUUGUUGCUGGGUGCUGAUGUUACACAUCCAACUGGUGGACGCGCUGGUCCUUCAAACAUGCCUUCAAUAUGUGCAGUUGUUGGUUCACUCGAUCGCCAGGGUGGUCGUUUUACUCCAAAACUUGAAAGUCAAAAAACUAGACAAGAAAAAAUUGAAAAUAUGAGUGGUAUGGUAUUUGAAAUCUUGAGAGAUUAUCGUGAUAAAAAUAGUAUUUUGCCUCGACGAAUUAUCAUGUACCGUGAUGGUGUUUCUGAAAGUCAAUUUGAAAUGGUACUGACUCAUGAACUUGAACAAAUUAAAGGCAAACCUCCAAUAACCUUUGUAGUUGUUGGUAAAAGACACCAUACAAGAUUUUAUCCGCAAAACGAACGCGAUGCUGACAGCAAAGGAAACUGUGUUGCUGGCACAGUCGUUGACCGGAAAAUAACGCAUCCAUAUUUGUUUGACUUCUUCCUACAGUCACAUUCGAGUUUACAUGGAACAUCACGUCCAGCACAUUAUCACGUUCUUUUUGAUGAAAAUAAUUUUACCGCCGAUAGUUUGCAAGACUUGACAAAUAAACUCUGUUAUAAUUAUCAACGUGCAACUCGGUCAGUAUCGAUUUCACCUGCUGCUUACUACGCGCAUUUAGCAGCAAAGCGCGCACGAUUACAUUUGGAACAACAGCAACGUGGUGAAGCAGAAUUCGUUUUGAAAGAAGUUAAAGAAAGCCUAGCCAAAG